UUUGUUUAUAAAUUAAAAACUUAAAGCAGAUGUUACAACAAUGUACAGUGGAAGCUGGAUCUUAGAACAUGUUACGACUGGGACUCGUAUAUUCCUCAAAAACGGGGACAACACAAUAGGCAGACACUCGUCCUGCAGGCAUGUUUUAAAAUACGAUUACUUGUCACGGGAGCACGUCAACCUGCACGUACGCAGCGACAAUGUAGUUGUAGUCAAUCUAAUGAAAGCCUUAAAUGGCGUAUUCAUUAAUGAAAGUAUGAUCGAGGAGACGGGCACCCCGCUGCGUGAAGGUGAUAGAAUUUCCCUCGGCGUGGAAACUACCACAAUACAAUCUGUUUCGCACAAAUACGCAGUAUUUGUUUUGAAAAAAUUUGUCGCAGACGCUAUUAUUCUCAGUAGCGAUGAUGAGGAGGAUGUACCAGUGGUACAUGAGGAUGGGUUGACUAAUGUGAUCAAAAAUGAACCUGUAUCAGUGGCUCAAGAUUCGCGAGAAAAUCGCCUUAUACACAUGCCAAAACUACCUGAUUGUAAGCAAGAAAUUGUGCAAAAUACGACUGAUGAAAUACGCAAUAUAUUUGGAGAGCCGGAUGAUAUUAUAUUAAAUCCAUUGAUUCACCUAAAUCCAUACGUUUUCAACAAGCUUCAAGCAACAGUCCAGGAAUCCACACCAAUUUCUCAACAAAUUUGUGAUGGCGACAUUAUUGAACUUGCCGAAGAAGUUAAAGCUCCUGAUGCAAUCCCUCCAACCAAGGGACCAGUUGAAGAAGAAAUUAUACUUAGUGAUAGUGACUAUGAUGAGGACUUUGCAAUGUCACAAGCUGUGCUCCAAGAGAUGAAGGAGGAGAUGAAUGACCUCAUGCCAGAGACUAUUAGAUCCGAAUUUUUCGAAAACAUCGAGGACGACGAUGUUAUUAUAAUCGAAGAUAAUGACGAAGAUCUAGACGAUAAAGUUGCGGACUGGUCAUCCAAGCUUUUGUCGCAGAAUGUUAACCAACUAUCCCAAAUUUAUCAGCUUCCUGAUAGUAUGGAAGCAUCGGACAUCGAAAUUGAAUCGGGCAGUGAAGAUUCGCUACACCCUCCAAGACUGAAGUCCCUGGCGAUGCGCCUUGAUAGUUCGAGUUCUAGUGAAGAGACCAGCACUGUUUGUCAAGCUGAUUGUUUAACAGCGCACGCUAAUGCAAAAUGUAAUUUCCGAGAGGUCAGGGUUAUUUUAAAGAAGUGCAAUGCUGAACGAUUUACUCAAAACAAGGACGAGGAAGUUUUAUCAACACAUGUAGCUCACGAACCUACAAAAAAGACCAAUAUUUUCUUAACGCCAGAGAAAGAGAUAAUUUUUCAGGAGCAUUUAAAGAAAACGCCUUUAAGCAGUGAUACACCAAAAACCAUUUCCAAAACUACAUCGGCCAGUGGAACGUCGGAUGCAGUGACUCCAAAAACGACUUACAAAAUGCGAGCACGAAGCAAGACCAUAUCAUCAAGAUCCGAACUUGAACAAGAAACUCCCGAAAAAAUUGUUUUAAAUCAGUGCGCUGCAGAUCUUAAGGAUAGCAACGUUUUGAAGAAUUCGAGAGAUAUUGCAAACAACUUUACACCAAAUAGAACGAACAAAGUACGUUCGCGUCGGAAGACCAUUUCAUUAAAUGCCGAAGUUGAAGAAGUUACUCCUAGAAAAGGUGUAAGAGAUCAGGAAAUGAAGGAUUGCACUGUAGUGAUGCCACACAAGGGUACACAUGACAACAUUUCUCAAAAUACGAACAAAGCAGUCCGUACGCGGCGGAAAACCAUUUCGACCAGAUCCGAACUUGAAGAAGCAAAAGGUCUUAAGGAUAGCAACAUAUUAGAGCACUCAAGGGAUAUUGUAAACAAUAUUACACCAAAUAAGACGAAGACAAUUUCAUCAAAAUACGAUCUGGAAGAAAAAAGUUCAGAAAAAAACUUACAGAAGCUCGACGCUGCACGUAAGGAUGAGGAUAAGGAAGGGAUCCGAUCAGAAGAAACUGGCGAAAAGGUUUUAAGAUAUCACUGCCCAGCGGAUAUUAACGGGAGCGAUGUAUUGGAGCAAUCCUCAGGGAUCCUGAGCAAUGACACCCCUACUAGAAGGUACAACAUGCGUCCUCGACGCAAGACCAUUUCAUCACCGACCGAAGUCGAAGAAGAAACUCCCAAAAAAUCUGUAAGAGACCAGGGUAUGAGGGAUUGCACUGUAUUGACGCCACAGAAGGGUAUACAGGAUAACAUUUCUCCAAAUAGGACCAACAAAAUCUGUGCGCGGCGCAAAACCAUUUCGUCAAGAUUCGAACUAGAAGAAGAAAUUCCCGAAAACAAAUUACAGAAGCUCAGCACUAUAAGUAAGGAUGAGGAUAACGCUGUGCUGGAGCAUUCUAAGGAGAAGCCGCACACCGUUAGCCCAAGUAAGACGCACAAAAGCCCAUUAAAAAGCAGGUCCUUAUCUUCUCCAUCGGAUAUCGAAGCAAUAUUUCUCCAUAAAACUGCAAAAACCCACGCAAUUACUUCCAAUGAUUUUGAAAAGUUCAACAUAACACCAUCAGAACAAAAGACUAUGGACGCUACUACUCCUAAUAAAAUAUCUAGUGUCGAAAAAACAAACAAAGGACAUGAGAAGACGAAACCGCAUUUACCAUCUCGACUGCGGAAUCGAGCAAAGACUAUUUGCAUUGAACUUCCAGCUCAAGCAGAGAAAUCAAUUGUAAACAACCAUUUCAUGCCCGCAAAAAAGAGUUAUGAUCAAUCCAGCAUUACACUAUCACCAAAUAACGAUUUCGAAAGAGGUCCAAAAGUAAUAGAAGCUCCUCAUUUGCCAAAACACAGAGGCCAUUUGAGAGGUGUGUCAGCUAUGAGUAAGGCAGAUGAGCAAAAGCAAAAAGUUCUGGAAAGACAGCGUUUUGUGGACCGUGCAGCGUAUAUGACAGCUAAAUGGCUUACUAAACCCUCAACUAAAAAAAAGGAAAAUGCUAUUAUUAGGGAAAAAAGAAAGGAAGAACUGAAAAAAAUCUCAGUAAAAGAGAAAGUUCCGGAAGUUUCUUCCGACAAAAAAAGGAAGCACUCCACCGUGCGAACGAAGAGCAGCACUUCAAAUCGUGGUGCUUUCCUAACUGAAGCCAUUGCUGCUCAACCGCCAGCAAAGACGCGUAAAUUAAAUGAGAAUGACAAGACUCCAGUCCCCACUUUACCAACAAAACAGAAUUUGAAAGGAGAAUCGUUCUCUCAGCAACUGAAAGCCGCUGAUAAAUAUUUGGAAUCAACCACACAUUCCAAUCGUCCGCGAGAACGCAGGGAGGCGGAGACGGCACGCAAUCAACGUACCUGUAAUCGAGUCACGUUUGCUGAAAUGGAGAGGGAGUUCGAGUUACGCAAGGAGCUAAACAAAAAAUUUAAAAAAGUGCGCUUCAGUGACAAAGUCAUAUACCAUGAAAUCGAACGUGUAAAAGGAGCCAAUUCCAAAGUUCAAACUCGAAAGGACACGAGAAAAACAACACUAUCGACCUAUGCUGAGCGUCGGGAAUGGGCGCUGCAAAAAAACAAGAUAUUGGACCACACCGAUUACAUUAUUGGGGACAUAUUACGUUGGAGCAACCGUUGGUUGCAGUUGCGCAGUGUCGAUGCUGUAGCCGAAUCGGAAGUGCUUUUGCCCAUUCCGCACGAGUUUAAGGAUUAUAAACAGUACAAGAACACUCUUGUACCUUUAAUGUUGCUUGAACUUAUAAGCACUAUUGAACGUGGUUAUAAAAUUGCAAAAACUAAACAAGUUACACUUGAGAAUUUCUAUAAAGAAAGAGACCGCCUUUUCCUGGUAACCAAAUAUGAAAUGCCCGAAUUACAAAAGUUUGAUUUGUAUACGCUGAGCACUGUGGAUGGGACUAAAGAAACGUUUGCUUCCUUAUAUAAAUUACAGCGCAGCAGCAGGAAAGUUUGGGAGUUUACGUUUCAAGUACUGCAAAAGGACUUCAGUGUAGAAAAUUUAAACGAUUUGAAGAAAGUUGUAUUGCGACCAGUGGUGGACAACAUACGCGUCGAACUGGGUGCAAUAAAUGCUGUCUAUCAUAUUGGACACUCACAGCUAUUCCGCAAGAUCUUGAAGCCAAGCGAGAAUGUAUCGGCGCCCAUGCAGAAACUUAAAAAGUCGUCGUACAAAGGAUUUAGGCUAAAUCCGCAGCAAAUGGACAUUUGUCUGCGUACCUAUCAUCGACUGGUGGACGAUGUAACGCCCAGUAUUACACUUAUCCAAGGCCCGCCGGGAACAGGCAAAUCCUAUGUUAUCUCUAAUCUCAGCCUACAAUGCAUGUAUGGCACUUCAACGCACAUAUGUGAUCGUAAGAUUCUAAUUUGUGCUCAGAGUAACACAGCAGUGGACAACAUAACUGAAUAUCUCAAAAAUGCACACGAUCGCAUGACUCACGACCAUUUUGAGCUCUUGCGCUUCGGAGUUUACGAGAAGAUGCUGCCCAAGGUACGUUCUGUUUCGCUGCAAAGUUAUUUAGCGCGUGAGCGUGCGAACAAAUCGCAACGUCUGUCUUCCGAAAAUAUGGAAAAUAUUAAGCAACAACAGCAGCAUCUGGAGAAGGAAAUAGCCGAGAUGCGUCCACGUGUAUUGCCCGGCACAUCUCUGCAGCAGCAACUGGAGGAGAUGGAGCGAAAGCUGCGACAACUAAACGACUUGCUAGAUACACCUUUAACGCCCCGGGAGGAGCACCAGCUCUCGAUCAAGUACAUACAACGUGCAAACAUCAUAUGCACCACACUAUCGAGCUGCGUUAAGUUGGCCAACUUCAUCGACUACUUCGAUAUAUGCAUUAUUGACGAGGCCACACAGUGCACAGAACCGUGGACUCUUUUACCAUGCGCCCGUUUUCGUGUUCACGGAUUGGUUUUGGUGGGUGAUACCCAACAGUUGCCCGCAACGGUGCUUUCACAGAAAGCAGCAAACCUUGGAUUAGCCAAUUCAAUGUUUUCCCGCAUUCAGAGGAGUUUGCUGACGAAUUUAGACAAACCCUCCUAUUCGGCGAAGCUGACAAACAUCUUUAAGUUGAGCACGCAGUAUCGAAUGCAUCCGGAAAUUUGCAAAUGGCCGAACCAGUACUUUUAUGAAAACGAGCUCAUCAAUGCUGAAUGCACAACUUCUUUUACUGCGCCGAUUAUACCUUACUGUGUCAUUAAUUUAAGCUAUACCAGCGACGCAAGUUGCUCAACGAGUCGCAGCAUACAAAAUGACGACGAGGCAGAAUUUGUGGCGAAUCUAUUGGUUGCAUUAAAUAAAGUAAUGCCGACAAAUCGCUACAAAUAUGGGGUUAUUACCCCAUAUACAAAGCACUGCAUGGCUUUAAGACGCAGCAUUCCGCAAGAGCUUAAUGUGUCGCCGAAUACGAUCGAUGCUUACCAAGGAUUGCAGCGCGAUGUGGUAAUAAUUUCGAAUGCUCGCACGCGGGGUGUCGGCUUUUUAUCGUCCUAUCAGCGACUUAAUGUGGCUAUAACACGACCGCGUCGUGCCCUAAUAAUUUGCGGAAAUUUUAAAGAUCUCGAGGGUGUGGAAAUGUGGCGUCAUUUAAUCACAAAUGCGCGUGAAAGGAACAUUUUCUUUUCAAUUGAAAACAGGGAAAACGGGCCAUUGGAUAGUUUAAUAUCAAAACUGCUUCUUAAGAAGGAAUCAUAGUGCCACAGGUGUUAAAGAUUGAAAUAGUUGUACAUUUCUUAUAAUAAUAUGUAUGAUAAGACACGAAGAGUUUCGUGGACCGAUAAAUGAAUAAAUGGCUUUAAACAUU